AUGCAUAUCGACGUGGUCUUAUUCGUGAUACCCUCCGUCUGCUUUCCCUCAGAAUUCUCAUCCCAGCUCACUUCCAACGGAGACAAUGGAACAAGUUCAUCCGAAUGGAGGUCACUAAAUAAGCGGAAUGAGGAAGUGGAAAAACAGACGGAUGAGUUUCAGGAAAAUGGCAACGAUUUUGAUUCAUUUGAAAUAGAGUACUUGGUCACUGGUGGAUAUCGCCCAAAAAACAAUAAUUUGAUUAAAUUUACGGUAUCACUGCGAUAUAAUAAAAUUAAGCAAUUCUUUGGAGAUAAUCACUUUUGCGGAGGAGCUAUUAUACACAGAAAAUGUGUUAUCACAUCUGCCCAUUGUCUUUUUACCAAAAAAGGAAGUUUGGAAAAAGCUGAUUACGUAACCGUUGUGGCAGGCACUCCCAACAGGCUAGAAAGAAUCAGCAGCACUCAGGUCGUUAAGACAAAAAAGCUUAUUCCACAUCCCGAUUACAAUCGAGAAAUGGGCCACAAGUUUGACAUUGGAUUGGUGUUACUUAAUACAGACCUAGUGUUGGGUCCAUCUGUCGCCGUCAUCCUGCUAACCGACAUACCUCCGGCUAAAAACUUGGACUGCCCCGUAGUGGGAUGGGGACAAGUUAUCGAGUUAUCAUAG